GACACCGGUUGAUGAGAUGGUCCACUCGGCAUUACAACAUCUAAUUACCCGACAAAGAGCGGCUGUUCGCACCGGACAGAGUAGCGGGAGGUAAACUUAGCAGACGGUGAAGGUGGACUACAAUAACGAGCGAGGCGAGAGCAUUUUUCGCUUUCUUUGUCAGUCCGCGUCACCCCGCAGCGUGGCAAGAAGACCCGUCGCUUGUCUGUCUCACCGGCGACAACCAUGAGCCAGAGGUUCACCGUCUCCAAGAGCGACGGCGAGCGGCGCCCCUCGGACAUCCAGGGGGAGGUGAACCAGCUGUUUGAGGGGGACGACCCCCCGACCAGCAGCAGCAGCAACAGCAGCGGCGGCGGCGGCGGCGCGGCGGCGGAGGAUGCCGCUGCCGGUACCGAGGUGGUGGUAGUGCUGAAAGGUGACAGUAAUCCCAAGGAGAGCAGCCCCUUCAUCAACAGCAGUGAUGUUGCCGCAGAGAAGAGCCAGCAGUAUGACGGCAAGAACAUGGCCUUGUUUGAGGAGGAGAUGGACACCAGCCCCAUGGUGUCGUCUCUUCUCAGCAGCCUGGCCAACUACUCCAACCUGCCCCAAGGUAGCAAGGAGCACGAGGAGGCAGAGAACAACGAGGCAGAGUCAUCGCGCAAGAAACCCGUCAAGGCCCCCCAGCUCGGCACUCUGAUGGGCGUCUAUCUGCCGUGUAUCCAGAACAUCUUCGGCGUGAUCCUCUUCCUCAGGAUGACCUGGUUGGUGGGAAUCGGAGGUGUCAUUGGGACUUUCGUCAUCGUCUUCAUUUGUUGUUCCACAACCAUGCUGACUGCCAUCUCGAUGAGUGCCAUCGCUACCAAUGGAGUAGUGCCAGCUGGAGGCUCCUACUACAUGAUAUCCCGUUCGCUGGGCCCUGAGUUUGGGGGAGCAGUGGGGAUCUGUUUCUACCUUGGUACCACCUAUGCUGGAGCCAUGUACAUCCUGGGAGCCAUUGAGCUCCUCCUGAUCUACAUAGCACCAAAAGCAGCCAUCUUUCCCCUGGAAGGCUUGGAGGGUGCAGAGGCAGAGGCUGCCCUGCUGAACAACAUGCGCGUGUACGGGACCAUCCUGUUGACCUCCAUGGCCACGGUGGUGUUUGUCGGAGUGAAGUACGUCAACAAGCUGGCCCUGGUGUUUCUGGCCUGCGUCAUUCUCUCCAUCUUUGCCGUCUACGCCGGAGUCAUCAAGACCGCCGUCGAGCCUCCCAUAUUCCCUGUGUGUCUCUUGGGCAACCGCACUUUAGUGUGGAAGUCAUUUGAUGUGUGUGCCAAGACCGUUGAGACAGCUAAUGGGACAGUCACCACCCAGCUGUGGAGCAUGUUCUGUGACUCACCUCUCCUCAACGCUACCUGCGACAAGUACUUCACAGCCAACAAUGUGUCUCAGAUCCAGGGCAUCCCAGGGGUCACCAGUGGAAUCCUGGCAGAGAACCUGUUCGGAACCUACUAUGAGAAGGGGGACCUGAUUGCCAGACAGAACAUGGAGUCAGCGGAAGACCAGGACGACCCUCUGACAAACUCAAACCGCUACGUGUUGGCCGACAUCACCAGCUUCUUUACGUUGCUGGUCGGCAUUUACUUCCCCUCUGUGACAGGGAUCAUGGCUGGCUCCAACCGCUCCGGAGACCUGCGUGAUGCCCAGAAGUCAAUCCCCAUUGGAACCAUUGCAGCCAUCACCACCACCUCCACUGUCUAUAUGUCCAGUGUGGUUCUGUUUGGUGCCUGCAUCGAGGGUGUGGUCCUCAGGGACAAGUUCGGGGAGGGAGUCCACGGGAACUUGGUGAUUGGCACAUUAGCUUGGCCGUCACCAUGGGUGAUUGUGAUUGGCUCCUUCUUCUCCACCUGCGGGGCAGGGCUGCAGAGUUUGACCGGAGCUCCUCGUCUCCUGCAAGCCAUCGCCAAGGACAACAUCGUGCCCGCCCUUCGGAUCUUUGGCCAUGGAAAGGCCAACGGAGAGCCCACAUGGUCCCUCCUGCUGACUGCUUGUAUCUGUGAGAGCGGCAUCCUCAUUGCUUCCCUCGAUGCAGUGGCUCCCAUCCUCUCCAUGUUUUUCCUUAUGUGCUACAUGUUCGUGAACUUGGCCUGUGCUCUGCAGACGCUGCUGAGAACUCCAAACUGGAGACCCCGUUUCAAGUUCUACCACUGGACUCUGUCCUUCCUGGGGAUGAGCUUGUGUCUCACUCUCAUGUUCAUCUGCUCUUGGUACUACGCCAUCGUCGCCAUGGUGAUUGCCGGCUCUAUCUACAAGUAUAUCGAGUUCUCAGGUGCGGAGAAAGAGUGGGGUGAUGGGAUACGAGGUCUGUCUCUGAGCGCUGCACGUUACGCUCUCAUGCGGCUGGAGGAAGGUCCCCCGCACACCAAGAACUGGAGGCCCCAGUUGCUUGUGCUGGUUAGUACAGAUACAGAGCAAAACGUCGAGCAGCCUCGUCUGCUCUCUCUGACCAACCAGCUGAAGGCAGGCAAAGGUCUGACCAUUGUUGGAACGGCUCUAGUGGGCUCCUACCUGGAGAACUACGACCAGACCCAGCGUGCAGAGCAGGCAUUGCGUAAACUGAUGGAGACUGAGAAGGUGAAGGGUUUCUCUCAAGUGACCGUGUCCUCAAACCUGCGUGAUGCCACCUCCCACCUCCUCCAGGCCAGUGGGCUAGGAGGCCUGAAACAUAAUGCUGUGCUUGUAUCCUGGCCACGUAACUGGAAGCAGGGAGAUGAGCACCAGACCUGGAGGAACUUUGUUGAGUUGGUCAGAGAAACAACCGCUGCUCACUUGGCUAUGCUUGUCCCAAAGAACAUUGCGGCCUUCCCGUCCAAUGGAGAGCGCUUCACCGAGGGUCACAUUGACGUGUGGUGGAUUGUCCAUGAUGGAGGCAUGCUGAUGCUGCUUCCCUUCCUCCUCCGACAGCACAAGGUUUGGAGGAAGUGCAAGAUGCGCAUCUUCACUGUGGCCCAGAUGGACGAUAACAGCAUCCAGAUGAAAAAGGACCUGACCACAUUCCUCUAUCACCUCCGUAUUGAUGCCAUGGUGGAAGUUGUGGAAAUGCAUGACAGCGACAUCUCAGCCUACACUUAUGAGAAGACCCUGGUGAUGGAACAACGGUCGCAGAUGCUUAAACAGAUCAAAAUGACUAAGAACGAGCGUGAACGAGAGAUCCAGAGUAUUACUGAUUCAUCCCGUGGGUCUAUCCGCCGUAAGAACCCGGCCGCUGUGACCACCCAGCUGAGUGUGACCGAGGACCCGCCAGCAGCCAGCAAGGAGGAGAAGCCUGAGGAAGAGUCAAAGUCGGCCUCUUCCCCUGUGUCCCCCCCUGCCCAGGUCCAGCUCAUCCACGACAACACCACCCCAACCAGCCCCACAACACCGGCCACCCCGCUGACCCCUGCGGAGGGGGCUAAGAGCCCCGGAGAGCAGGUCCAGAUGACCUGGACUGAGAAGUGUGACGGCGAGCCAGCCAAGCCGCCUGGUGCAGCUACACCAGAGGGCAUCAAAGACAUCUUCAACAUGAAGCCCGAGUGGGAGAACCUGAACCAGUCCAAUGUGCGACGUAUGCACACAGCGCUCCGGCUGAAUGAAGUCAUCAUCAAAAAGUCCUCAGAGGCCAAGCUAGUCCUCCUCAACAUGCCCGGGCCACCCAGGAACCGGACAGGUGACGAGAACUACAUGGAGUUCCUCGAGGUCCUCACUGAGGGUCUCAACCGGGUCCUCCUGGUCCGCGGAGGCGGCCGCGAGGUUAUCACUAUCUACUCCUGAAAGAGCAGUCCCCUCCCCAACUACCACCCACCCCCACCCCUCCCUUGGCCCUGUUCCUGUGUCACCUGUACUCCCACCCUCUCUUCAACGCUGCUUCAUCAUCAUGUUGCCCAUGCGUUUAUUUCUGUAAGAUAGUCCUCUCACACCCAACCAACGGCCCGGCCCAGCUUCAGCACCUCUCCCUCAGCUCCAUCCCCAGCAGACCAAUGAGCAGUAUCACAUGCUCAGCCACCAAACCCUUCAUUCAAGUCCAAUAAGCUACUAUAACUUUCGUAGGCUCUAGACUAAUUUAGAUGCUAUCUAGAUUUGUUCUUGAAGAGACUUUUAUUUUCUUUGCUAGUCUGUAAUCUACUGUAGUAACUCGUAUUGAGUCGGAGUCACUCGGUAAGGAGGAGGUGGUGGUUGCGGGUCAUUCGCUGAGGUGUGAGCGCACAUGCAUGUUGUGUGUCCGUCUUUGUUUAAAUCUCUGCAGAUUCUUUUUUUUUUUUUUCAAAUACUAAUGUGGCAUAGCAGCGGCUUCUGCUUGGAAAGAACGAGAGCCAGCUGAAAUGAGCUCAGUGUACGAUUGUCUGUUUGGUUCCCUCGAUGUGAUCGGACACCUCCCGCAGCGCUCCCAGCCUGUUGUCUUUGAUGUGAUUUAUCUUUCAAGGCAAAAAGACACUGCUACCCACGGUCAGGACCACCAGCUGGAAGGAGGAGAAUAGAGUCGUUAAGUAUGAACUGUGAAAUUCACAUUGAUAUUCGAAGAAGACUGAAAAGUGGAUCAAACCUUCGGUAUUAUCUUUACUGAUCAUCUGAUCACUCCUUAGCAUGACAUCCUUAUAACUGUGUGUGAUUUUACCUCACUUGUUCUGUUACUGCCAUCACCGUCUUUCUACCCAUUUCUUCUUUCAGUUCAUCUCUUAGUGGCUGUUUAUCCCUGUGGCCACUGUUAGUGCCAAAAAAAAUACAACAAGGCUAGCUUAGUCUGUAGAGAUUGACACGUAAUUAAACUGUGAAUAGUGCGUUUCCUAGCAGAAGGCUGGUGUGACAGCAGAAUGGGGAGACAGUACAAAACCCCCCACCCCACCCCCGAGGAGAUUAUCAUUGCCAGCACCCCUCGACCCUCGUGUGGAUCACUGUAAAUAAUGUACAAGCUCUGACGCGUUGUUCAGUAUGAGUGUAGUAUUUUUGUGACAUACUAAAAAGCUUCUAGUGGAGAGAAAACGCUCCUUCGCUCAGAGGGACAGCUGUUUUUAAAAUUUAUUUAUUUAUUUAUUUAUUGGAUGGCAUAGGCUCCUGUCACUACGGUAACUGUCAUUGUAACCUCGACAAGCACUGCACCUGCACUGUCCUCCACUGUGCAACAAGUGAAAUUUUGAUGAAUUCAUCAAGUUCAUUAAAUACAAAAAAAAAAUACUAAAUGUUAUUUUUUCAUCUAGAGAACAAAUAUGUAUUUAUGUUUAUAGACAGAUGUUACACAUGUAGAAAAUAAUAGUUGUGUCAUUUUGAUUGUCACUCAAAGAUAUAUUGUUGUUUUGCCUAAUUUAGAUACAUUAAAUGUGCCAUAUCAAAGUAUUUUUCAAAGAGAAAUAGUGAACAAAAAUUCUAUUGCUUAAAUCAGAAAGAACAAAGUAUGGUAAAAAAAGAAACUGAGGUGUCUGCAUGAAACUAGUACAGUGAUGACACUGUAGUUGGAAGGUCGCCCUAUAGAUGAUAAAAGAAUAGAUGUUCAAACCUCCAUAAAACUACUAUCGCUCAGAUUUCAAAUAGGCAUAUCAGCUCUUACCGAGGUGAGAUUUUGAACAUCUAUGGACCGAUUGUUUAUAGGGUCUAGUCUAAAUAAAUAGAGAGGACAAUGGCUUCUGUAGCUAGGAAACUCACUUUGUCCACAAGACUGAACUCUAUGCAGUAGACUCUCCAGUGAGAUUUUAUAUCCUCUAGAUUGAUUAAGAUUUGAGCCACACAUGUCCCUGACUGAAUGACUUGUGAGCAAAUCAUAUUUAGGUUUAAAAGGAAAAAAGUGCAUCUUGGAAGGAAUGUGCAAUAGUUUGAAAUCCGGACUCAUGUGAUCAUGUUAUUUAUUUUUUUACACAUAUAUUUUGUAUAUGUAGAUUUCGUAAGUCUUUAAAACAAACAAAAAAAAUCCAGAUUCAUCUCACUCUGACCAAGGACAGCUGUCACUUUUACUUUGAUUUGGUUUCUUUUUCUUGAAGAAACUGUUUUUGGUCAUUUGCACUUGUAGUAGAAAUAUGAAUAUAAAUAAAUACGUAUAUAUAUACAGUAUAUACAAUAUAGGGAAGCAAAACAAAUUAGUUUCUAGAACUAUUUAAAAACCGUAUUAAAUGUUUUUAGUGUUGCUUGAAUGUCUGACCAUAUGUUGUGAAUGCUGCUAGUAUCAAUAGAUUUAUUUGUACUGUAAAUAGAGAUGACUAAAGCAACAUUAAAGAUCAAGUGGAAAAGGGUAUAGACAUACAUAUCAAUGGUGGUGGUUGUCAAACAAGACAAGGCUGUACCUGUAAACAUUUGGCCUGUGACCUCUGAACAGGGUUAGCUUUCUGUUUUAUUAGAAAACUUUACUGAAUACCUUGAUGCAAUAUUACAACUGAGGGCAAAUCCGACACUUUUUUUUUUCUUUCUUAAAUGCUCUCUGGAUUAGUACCUUCUUUAAAUCCCGUAAGUAAAGUGAACCAAUUUUAAGAUAACAGGUUAAUUUCACGUAGUUUACUUAAAGAAAUUUGAAGGAGCCACCAAAAAAUAAGUUUAAAUAUUAAUAUUUCUGGUUUAUCUGCUAAAUGUUACUGUUUGCAAAUUUUUAACACACCUACCUUUGACACCUGUGAUACUUAAGAAGCAGCCACUCCUAGUUUUCAAAGAUGUUAGGGUGCCAAGUGAUGAAGAUUUUCUUUAAUAUACUUGUCGCAUUUAACUCUGACCAAGGGGUUGUUUAACGCUCACAUCAGUUUUUGAAGAACAUGGCUUUUUUGGGAUUGUCUCCACAACAUUGCCUGCAUCAACUGAGCCUUUUAAAUUUAUUCAAAAGAGAAGAUAUCUGAUGUUUAUUGGAGAAGUUUAUUGGAAAUGAAUUUAUUUAUUGAAUUAUAAAUGUUUUAUAAUUGCUGUUUGCAUGGUACUAUGUGGCAAUAUUUGUUUUAGUGGUUUCUAUAGUGAUGACUUACAUGUUCAAGGUGCAGAGUGGGGUAAAAGGUUGUCAGAUGUUCUCACUGAGGUUCAGAUUUUGAGAACUCAGAAGUGUUUUCCGCUCAGUCGGCGACAUGGCUAGACCUUGAAAACAAGUCUUUUGCAAAAAAUAAAAAAAAGUAUGAGUUCACUAUAUUGUUACUUGUUAUAUUUCAAUCUUGCUCAAGUAGUCUUAUGUAAUAGGAGAUUUUGAGUUUGCGAAUGAAUGGGCCUUCGAAAUGGUCAUUUCACCCUUGUAAAUAUAUAUCACUUAAGUCAGAGACACUGUAACCUACUAGUGUUGUCUUUUGUUGUACACUGUUCUAUCACUGUGGACAAAGUCUUAGAGUUUUGUAUGAUUAUGUGCAAUAUUGUUCUCACAUUAGUCAUUCUUCAUUUUGUCACAGUUACGUUAUUUCUUUUCUAUAAACAACUGGAGGUGUCAGCAGUCAUCUAAUUUCAUCAGAAUGUUUGUCACCAGGUCUUACAGACAAUAAAGAUUUACAGUGUUUAUCCCAAAUGUGGCUGAGACAGAAAAGCACUUUACACUGAGGGGGUACUCUGUGACAGGAUCAGUCUGCAGGAGUGAGGAGGGGGGGUCGAACAAGAGCCAGCCUAGCUCUGAACAGACUCUAUCCCGCAGUGAUCUCUGGUGGCACACGAGUGUAUUACAGCCAGCUGUGAAGGUCUGACGGCUCAGACUAUAAAAUAUGAUUAAUUUCCCAUCAGCUUGCAGCAGUUUUGAACUGCAAUAAUCCAGAGACCUACCUGCUGAUUUUGUUUACAUCCAAUCAUUUGACAUUUUAGCAUGCAUCACAUACGUUCCUUUCUCUUGCCAAACUUCUUAAAAAAGAAUAAUAGUAACUGUUCAAUUUAUAGUGCUUGUCACUCAAUCUGUGAGGUGAGCCUUCCCAGAAUCCCUCCUCCACCUCCCCCACUCCCUCACCCCACCCCCACCCAUCUGCCCCCCACCAAAAUCCCUUGGCCUCCCCCAUCCCAGCAACUAAAACCACCCCAGCUCUGUAUUUUAAAUGUGAUUGCAGUAUAAUUCUGAAAAAUGAUCAAAGAAUAUAAAACUCGCGCUUCCAAUUCUGGUUACCGGCUCUGCUUGGACAACACAAGAUAGUCGACUUAGAAACCAGCACGUCCCCUCUCCCCCCCCUCCCCAAACUGAUCCAUGAUUUAGAUCAGAUCCUUCGCCUGCACAACUGUAGCAUGAGACACACUUGCCGGUGAUCAUUACCCAGUCUCCAUCCUUAAAUGGAUAUUAAGGGCUCUGAAACACAUCUGUUACCGGGUUGAGGAGGCUGUCCUGUUCAGACACCAACAGAGAAAAUAAACAAAAACAAAUCCCAGAUUAUGGCAGCGAGGGCACCGUCUGUAGCUGAGAUAAGAUCGUACCCUUCAGUAUAUUUUCACAGAAGUGCAUCAGACAGACGUUGCCUGAUGUUGGAGGUAGAAACAACAGCUGCACUUAUAUUUUACACAGUCGAUCUCUGGGAGUCAGAUGAGAAGAACUCAAGUAGGCUAUCCAUGCAGUGCAAGCAGAGCCCCGCUCCAGUUAUGUUGUGUAACUCAGUGCAUGCAUGCAAUUACCCUGAACAAGGUGUAUUGAAAAUAUAUUGGGUGUUUGUGGUAUAAAAGUAUUUUUGUUUAUAUCAGUUAGAAACUUUUCUUUCUAGUAGUAUGAUUUAUUUUUUUCUCUUUCCUUAGGACUGGCCAAUCAUUGUAUCCAAGAUGAAUAUUAUUAUAGUACAAGAUUCUAUUUUUUAUGGUGGAUUUGUUGACAAGGUCCUCUCAUUGUGUCAAAUAUUACCUGCAGAUGAACUGAUUACCAAAGUAUAUUUCAGUUAACUACAUAAAUGAAAGUGUGCAAAUGUGUGCUCCAGUGAAUUAAACGCAGACGAUAUAUUUUACUUUCUUACGAAAAAAGAUUGUAGCAAUUAUUAGUUAAUAGAUCAAAUGUAUUGUUUCAACAUAUUAAAAUUUAGACAACUGGAAGUGCCAAAGUAUUCCAAGGGAGGCUGGUAAUCCAGUUUGUUGGACGUUGCAUGAAAAAGCCCAAACUGUAAAUUUACCCACUUUUCAGUCUGUGGAUCUAUUCAGUGUAUUAAGUAUAAAUAUUAAAUUGUUCUUUUAUGUCCCUCUUUGACCGUUUUACAGAUUAGGUUAUAUCUUGGUUUGACUGUUGCCAGGAAACCAGCAGACUCCAUGAAGUUACUGGUACAGUCUGGUUCAAAAACUCCUCAUAAAAACAACAAUUUAUUGUUUUUACUCUUCAGUUUUUAUAUGGCUUAAAGAAAUGUUUUAAUUAUUGAGCUUCAGAGGUGUAGAUAGCGUAUUCUGUUAUUGGACAGAACCAGGAGAACUGUAUCCAGUCUUUGUGCUAAGCUAAGUUAGCCGGCUGUGGGUGGCAGCUUCAAAUUUAUCCAACAAACAUAAAUGGUAUCGAUCUUCUCAUUUAAGUCUUGGGAAUAAGAGCAUUUCCACCCUAAUGUCUUUUACCGUGAACGCUUUAUGGCCUUUGAAAAUGCAGUAUUUAGUUUAAUAACCACCUCCCUUAAGAGGAAUCUUGCGUUUAACUCACUGGAGUUGUGGGAAACAUUUUGUAUGGAUGCCUGAAAAAUGUAAUGAUGUAGAUAUAGAUGAUAUAUACAGCAUACACACAAAGACACACCUGUAUCAAAUUUCAGAUAUAUGAAAAUGUUUUGGUUUUUUUUCCAUUCAGAACCGUUCAUUACUCUUCCUUGAUACUGUACCUAGUCUUAUGGUAAAGACGUAGUGUGUUCCUUUCAGUUCUGUGGGAGUGUGUAUGUGUGUACAUGUGCACUUGUAACCGCUGGGGCGGGGGUGGGAGGGGGCUACGUGUAAAUAAAUCAAAUACAGUUAGUGUGGAGGUGUUUCUUUUGUGUCAGUGUAAGUUAAAUAUUCUAAAAUAAAAAAACAUGUAUUAUUCUCUAUUGUGUUUCAUGGUACAUUAAAAAGAGGAAAAAGUAGUUUUAUCUUACAUUUCAAAUGCUUAUAUCUCUAUGGCUUCUGGCGAUACCCGUUCCAUUUUAUAGAUUUGUCAGCACAAAAUGCAAUAAACCAAUACCAUUUUAUUACAGUAA